AUGUUUCAGUGGGAUGGAAGAAGGUAUUCCGAGGGAGAUACUUUAAAUGUUAACUGUACUGCAGAAGAUACUAAACCCCCGGUCAAUCUAACCUGGUACAUAAACAGUACACCGGUUGGAGAACCCAUGUUGAUCAGGUAUCCAGUUUGGAAUCUAACCAGGAACCAGGAUAUGCUUCAUUCAUCAGUAUUAGGACUCAGAUAUAAAAUACACAGGCGAGACUUUGUUGACGAUAACUCCCGGAUUAAGCUGAAGUGUGUAGCGUCUAUGUACAACGUGUACUACAAGGCAAACGAGAUAUCAGCUGAGAGAUCAGCUGAUCAGCAGUACACUACACAUUCUUACAGAAAUAGGGCCGGAGAUUUAACUACACUAGACCCAUAUAACGACGCAUCUGUCAAGUUUUCCAGCUUCCUGAGCAGUGGAACAUCUGAACCCUGGUCUUUCUACCUUCAACAUUUAUUAUGCUUUUCUAUUAUUCAAAAUAUUAUUUAAACAUUAUAUAAAAAUAUUGUUUGAUGAAAGGGACUGUUCGUGAAAUUCGAGUGACCAUACAUUUAAGAAAUUAACAGUGAGUAAGAUAUCGUCUUUUAUCAACUUUUUCUUGUUUCGCUGCAGAAAUUGUGAAUAAAAAUUUAAAAUUUUCAAAUAGAAAAACAAGAUUAUCUCUGACAAAGGAGUAAAGGGUAUCGUCGUGAAUUGGGCAUGCAACUCUUCACAUGGAUCGAGUCAUUUUAAAUUACAUGUACAGUCCCUUUAAAUUACAUGUACAGUCCCUUUAAAAAUACGAAAAUCAACUUUAUUGUUAAUUAUUAUUCAUUAUAAAAUGUAGAUACUUGUAUAAAAGAAAUAUAUCCACUGAUUGACUUUUUACAAA